AAUUGGUUUUCCGUAGCAUAAAUUUGCUCUCUCUCUCUUUCACAUUCCACCGUCCUCCCUUCUUCUUCUUCUUCUUCUUCUUCUUCUUCUUCUUCUUUCCUCUUUCAUCUCUCUCCCUCGCCGGAAAACGAAAACCAAAAAAAGCAACAGAGGAAGAAGAAGCAGCCAUGGCGGAUAAGGUCCACCCCUCUGCGAAACCCAAACCAAUACAGGGAGGAGGCGGCCAAACCCAGAACGGCACCAUUAGCCCCUCCUUCCCCGCCCCCAAAUCCCAGCUGUACGGCGCCACCCGCCCCAACUACCACCCCCGGCCCGAGCCCCGCCGCUCCCGGCGGAGCUGCUGCUGCCGCUGCUGCAUCUGGCUCACCGUCUUCAUCGUCUUUCUUAUCGUCAUCCUCGCCGUCCUCGGCCUCCUUUUCUGGCUCUUUUUCCGCCCUGCUGUCCCCACUUUCUCCGUCUCCACCUUCCGCACCUCCCAAUUCAACAUCACUUCCUCUUCUAAACUUGCCGCCAAGUUCAAUCUCACCGUUAACGCUCGCAAUCCCAACAAAAAGCUCGUUUUCUACUACGAUCCAAUCGCGAUUUCCAUCAAAUCCAAGGGCGUCAGCGUCGGCGUCGGCGCUUUCCCGGCUUUCGUGCACGAGACCAAGAACACAACGGUGCUGAAAGCUACGAUCUCGAGCGGCGGCCAGACUCUCGACGAUGCCUCUGCGGGUUCUCUGAAGUCGGAUCUGAAGAGCAAGAACGGUUUGCCAUUGGAGGUUCAGUUGGACACUAAGGUUCGAGUGAAGGUUGUCGGAGUUAAGACUCGGAAGGUCCCAAUCAGGGUCUCCUGCGACGGGAUUCGAGCCACUGUUCCCACCGGGAAAUCAUCGGCGGCAAAGACGUCCCACGUGAAUUGUAAGGUUGAUUUCAGAAUCAAGAUCUGGAAAUGGACAUUUUGAGUAGUACGGCAAAAUGAGCAAAUGGGGUUUGGUUGAUUUCACUGAAUUUAAAUUGUUUUCUUAAAUUUGGUUUUAAUUUUUUCUUUUUUUUUUGGGGGUUGAUGAUAUAUUGAUAAUGUAAAUGGUGGAAGAAGAUUUGUUGUGUUUUACUGUUUAGUUGCAGAAGGAAACAGGAAUUUUAUUAUAUAUAUAAAAAUGCAUUUGGUGUU